AUGUUCAGAAACAACUACGAUAACGAUUCAGUGACCUUUUCGCCGCAGGGGCGGAUAUUCCAGGUCGAAUAUGCGCAGGAGGCUGUGAAGCAGGGUUCGGUCGUAGUAGGGCUCGUGAGCAAAACACAUGCCGUCCUCGUCGGCUUAAAGAUCGUUAUAUUUCCAGUUAUGGAAACUGAUUUUCGUCUCGUCCAGCGCAACGCCGAAGAGCUCUCCUCUUACCAGAAGAAGGUUAUCGAAAUCGAUUCCCAUAUGGGUAUUGCCAUUGCUGGUCUUUCCUCCGAUGCCCGCGUGCUCUCGAACUUCAUGAAGCAGCAGUCUCUGGGGUCAAGGAUGACCUACGGCCGCGCUAUUCCUCUGGACCGGAUUGUCUCCCAGAUCGGGGACCGCGCUCAAACCAACACACAGCAUUACGGCAAGCGACCUUACGGUGUCGGACUCCUCGUCGCCGGCGUGGACGACUCCGGGCCUCAUCUGUAUGAGUUCCAACCGUCGGGGUUGACACAGGAGAUGCUGGCGUGCGCAAUUGGCGCUCGGUCCCAGAUGGCCCGGACGUAUCUGGAAAAAAAUCUGGAGCAGUUCCAUGAUAGCAGCCGGGAACAGCUGAUCAGCCACGGGUUGAAAGCGCUCAAGGAGACGUUGUCCCAGGAUAAGGAGCUUACUGUCGAUAAUACGACUGUGGGUGUUGUUGGUCUGGCUCCCCCCGGCUCAAAGAACAAGAUCGAGAACUUUAAGCUGUACGACGGCCAGGAGGUGGCGCCUCUGCUCGAGGCUCUGGACCAUGCCUCCGAAGGCGCCGGAGGGGAGAUGGAAGUGGACUCAUAA